CCAGGUUCCAGAAAUCGUCGCAUGGUCCCCCCUCGACCGUCGGACAGCCCAUCUCUGUCGAGGAAAGCGCUGGGUUCGCCGAAGUGGGUGGACGUGCGUCCGGGAGACAGGCCCCCGCAUGACACAGUGGAACUGAAGGUUUACGAAGUGGACGACAUUGAGAGACUGGCGAAGAGGCGUCUGGACGGAGGCGAGGGAGGGACGCAGUUUAACGCGAAGACCCGAGCGAUGGAGCGAAGAAACGCCAAAGUGACGGAGCUCCGCCGGAGACAGCAGGAGUUGAAGGAGGAACUGUCGCUGGCCAAGAAGCGCCUCAUGAUCGACAGCAAGAAGUGGAACUUCGAUUGUAAAGUAGAAGAAGAAAUGGACUGGGAAGACCCCAACUACGUAGAGGCCUUGGAAGACGAAACCGAGCGGCUGGAAAAACGAGUCAACGUCUGCAAAUCACACAUCAUGAUGGUCACGUGCUUCGACGUCAAGAUCUAGAGGCGGCCGCGGCGCUUUUCUGCUCGUCGUGGCACCCGUUCCUAAUAUCUGUACAAAGACUUGAGUUUAUCUGUAAGAAAGUUGGCAUGUUCUGGCAUGAGUCUAACUUCGAAGUAGACAGUGGUACAGAAUGUACUUCAGAUUUUAUACCGAAUGAACCUAUGUACAUCGUUCUGGCCGGGGUCUCCCUGUCCAAGGCUUGUGUGUGGAACGUUGUAAGAAACCUGGACACGCAACCGCUUCUAAUGUAAAUGUAAGUAAAGUACCCAUCUUGUAAAAAUUGUACAUGUGUGACUGCAGCAGUCCUGCAGAAAAAAAAGGCCUGAACUGCAGCCAAUGCAGCUGCAGUGUUUGUGAGUCUGAGGGGAGCCCCCUGUCACGUUGUUGUUGAACUGCAGGUGCUGUUUUGAGAAACUGUCAUGGGGCUGUUUCCUGUUACGUGUUGUGUUUUGUUUUUUUAGACGGUAAACAUUGAUCCACUGGGGCAGAAUUUGUGCCUGUGAUUUGUACACAAGUGAUUGUUGUUGCCAAGGGUAAAACGGGGGCAGCAUGCCCAGAACGCAUCAUAUAGGAACAUGAAAAAAAUGAGGAAAAGUGGAAAUAACAUGUACAUAUAAAUGUAUUAUUUUUGUAGCAGCUUAAAACACACAUUGUAUGUGCUGUAAAGUAAGACGUAGCAAUAGCAAGGCUACGUUAUGUACAUGUUUUCUUUGCUUUUUGUUUCUCUCACAGCACAACGUUUCUUGCUUCAUGCUAUCAGAAAUCAGUUAUAGUUUGUGAGCCAUAUCAACCGAUCAAUGGAUGGAAUUGAUCCAUGCGUAGCUCCAGAUGUGUGAAAAUUGAACGGCACAAUCACAGUUUUGAGCGAGAAAUGACGAGAAAUCGUCAUCGGAAGACUUACGUGUGAUUUGUGGAAGAAGGAAAGCCAGUAUUUUGUACUCUAACCAGCCAUAAGUGGCUGUGAUGAAGUGAUGUGUGCUGUAUGUGUGUUUGUACCUGAGGCCACGCCGUUUUAUUUUCUUGGUUCCUGGAUAUUUCUUACGAAAACUUUAGUAAGCACAGAAGAUGAAAAGAAGAGAGGGCUGACUGUUUAUUCCCUCCCUAAAACUUUGUGUACCAAUUGAGGUACAGACUUCACCCUCAGACAUGUUGAUAUUUCUCUUUUCUAUAAAACCCGAGAACCAACAAAUUAAAUUGGGGUGGCCUUUCUUUAACAUUAUGCUGAUCAUGUCCUGAUGAGUGCUAAGCAUUUAACAUGCAAGCCAAACAAACACAUACAAACAGACAGUGACUCGUAAAGCCCACUUUUGGGGCUAAUGUUUUUAGCCAAUGCAAGUUUUGUCCUUGCAGUUUUACAGGUUUUUAUACAGCUUCUCAAAUCAGGGGAAAGAGUGGAUUUUGACAGGAACUAAAUUCCUUAAACUGAUGCUUUCUCGUUACAGAUAUAAAUGUAAAGGAAUUUGAAGUGCUCACUGUAAGUCAUACACCUGUGGAAAAGUAUGGUAUUUGCAAGUGUCAAAUGCUUAGGAAUGAAUCAUUUAUACACUUGGCUAUGACGAUGCUAUAUACGGCAUGUUUUUAACGUGUAUAUGUACUGCUGUUGCCAGUGUCUGUAUGGCUUAAGUCUAUUGUUACCUCACGAUGCUUAUUUUUCAAGCAUCUGAACACUUCUGCACAGUCGGGACACUGUACCAUAUGUCUUCUGUAGCAUAGCAACACUUUAGCGUGUCCCCACCUUUUUAUAUAUAGACCUAAGUAUUUUUACCCACAAAUUUUCGCCUUUUAAUCUAAUUUUUUAUAUAUUUAAAGAUCUUGAAAUCCCUUUUGUACAAUCAGUCAUGCUAUGACGUUCUUUUGACGUUAAUAUUUAAAUGAAAGCUAUGUACUUUGGUUUUGUUGUUUGAAGAGAGCCUUGGCCGAGACUGGCACAAUCUGUUUGUUGGAGGACUUAAAACCGCCACGGUUGGAAGUCAGAGAGAUGUCAGAAGGCGCUAUAUACACCAUUAAAAAUACAAGUAUACUUCACAA